AUAAUUGCUUGCGCAAAACCACGGCUGAGAACUAUGCGCCGUUGGUAGUGGUAGAUUUAUCGUGGUCAAUAUAAAAGCAGUGUUGCUUUCUGCAUUGGCUAGUUCUUUGGGUCCCUUAUAGUGAGUAAAAGAUAUUAUAAUGAGGGCUGUCUUUGUCUUCGCGUGUUUGGUUCUUGCGGUGUCAGCUGUAGAGAAAUAUAGUUCAAAGUACGACAACUUCGAUGUCGACACUUUGAUCUCUAAUGAACGUCUUCUGAAGUCAUACAUCAACUGUUUCUUGGACAAGGGCAGAUGUACCUCUGAAGGAGCAGACUUUAAAAAGCAUUUACCAGAGGCAAUAGAGACAACCUGCGGAAAAUGCAGUGAAAAACAGAAGAGCAACAUCAAAAAAGUUAUCAAGGCUAUCCAGCAGCAACAUCCCAAGCAAUGGGACGAGCUUGUCAAGAAGAACGACCCAACUGGCAAACACAGGGACAACUUCGAUAAAUUCAUCCAAGGAAGCUAAAUUUGUAAUAUUCAUUUAACUUUCUCCAAUAUAGUACACAGUGGUGUAUCUAGGCAACGAAAUUAUAAAUAACAAUUUGAUGUGCCUAAUAUUUAACAACUGUUUGAUCAAGUAUGUGGCAGAUUUUUUUUUUAGUUUUUAAUUUUAGUUAAGUAAUCGUUAAACAUAACGAACAGUUGAUAAUUUAACUAACCCUUUUGUUAGAAUUUUAUUCGCCUCUAAUCUUCCUACCUAUCCUAUUUUUAUUCCCUGAUUCCCAAUCCCAAAAAUAACCUUGAUUGUGCAGAAAGAUUGUCAUCUUUAUAAUGAGGUUCCAAUGAAUUGUUAUAACAUAUAAGAUUGUGAUAAAAAAUAUUAAAAAACACGAUGCAUUUUCCCAAUUUGGAUUUGCUUGUGUAGACUGAUAUUAUAAUAAAGAAAUUGUGAUAA